UCAAAAUGAGCUGGGUUCACAAGACUAACCAGUCCAUUGCGAAGUCGGCAUUUGGCAGNCACCGUUCGCGUGAUGGAUCUUUCUUCUUCACUGAGAUCCGUGCCGGUCUCGCUACCUUCUUCGCCAUGGCAUACAUCAUUGCCGUCAACUCGUCCGUUGUUUCAGACACUGGCGGUACCUGUGUCUGCCCUCCCACCAGCCUCGACGCCUGCGCUACCGAUAUUACAUACAACCUCUGCAAGCAAGAGAUCCGUCGUGACCUUGUCACCGCAACUGCCGCCAUCUCUGCUUUGACUUCCUUCUGCAUGGGCUUGUUCGCCAACCUGCCUUUGGGUCUGGCACCUGGUAUGGGCAUCAACGCGUACUUCACCUAUACCGUUGUUGGCUUCAACGGCACCGGUCUUGUUCCUUACAGAAUUGCCCUUACCGCCGUCUUUGUCGAGGGUCUUCUUUUCGUCGCUCUUACACUUCUCGGAAUCCGUCAAUGGCUUGCUCGUGCCAUUCCGACUUCGAUUAAGUUGGCCACUGGUGUCGGUAUUGGUCUUUACCUUACCAUCAUUGGCUUCUCAUACAGCGCGGGUGUUGGUCUUAUCACUGGCGCAUCUAGCACACCUCUUGAAAUUGCUGGCUGCUCCCAGCAAUACCUCACCGUGAACGAUGGCUUAAUGUGCGAUCCCAGCCACAAGAUGAGAUCACCUACCAUGUGGAUUGGCAUCUUCCUCGGUGGCUUCUUGACCGUCUUCCUUAUGAUGUUCCGCGUCAAGGGUGCAAUAAUCGCUGGUAUCUUACUCGUUUCCAUUAUCUCAUGGCCUCGUGGUACCGAUGUCACCUACUUCCCUCACACCGAGUUGGGUGACAGCAGCUUCGACUUCUUCAAGAAUGUCGUCACUUUCAGACCUAUCAAGAACAUCCUUGCUGCUCAGGAGUGGGACGUCAGCUCCCACGGCGGCCAGUUCGGUCUCGCUCUGAUCACCUUUCUCUACGUCGAUAUCCUGGACUGCACUGGUACUCUUUACGCCAUGGCUCGCUUUGCUGGUGUCAUGGAUGAGAAGACCCAGGACUUCGAGGGCAGUGCUACUGCCUACUUGGUCGAUGCCGUCGGUAUCUCAAUCGGCUCUCUUUUCGGCACCUCCCCUGUCACUGCAUUCAUCGAGUCCGGUGCUGGUAUCUCCGAGGGCGGCAAGACUGGUAUCGCAGCCAUGGUCACAGGUGUUUGCUUCUUCAUCUCCGUUUUCUUCGCCCCUAUCUUCGCUUCUAUCCCUCCGUGGGCUACCGGCGGCACUCUCAUCAUUAUCGGUUCUUUGAUGGCCAAGUCUGCUGCCGACAUCAACUGGCGCUACAUGGGUGAUGCUAUCCCAGCUUUCCUCACCAUCGCCACCAUGCCUUUCACAUACUCAAUCGCCUACGGCCUGAUUGCAGGCAUCAUGUCCUACAUUCUUAUCAACACCACCGUCUACAUGAUCGAGAAGGCUUCUGGUGGCAAGAUCGUUCCCCAAGACAAGCAAUUCAAGGAGCCGUGGACCUGGAGACUUGACGGUGGACUCUUCCCUCCAUGGGUUGUUCGCGCCGCAAAGGGAAAGAGAGACUUUUGGAAGCCAUACGAGAUGGUGGAUCACGCGAACAGCGAGCAGGAGUCUGUCACCGAAGUGCCUAGUUCGGGUGCCGCCAAGGGUCUUGGCCCUGACGAGGGAAGCAGUACCGGCAGCAAGGUGCGUCGUCGCUCCGUUCAACAUGAACUG